AUGGAUGGAUGCUUUAAUUACACCGAAUUAAAAGCUCUUCAGGAAUUACUAUCUCCCACGAAGGAAGACUCAGAGCCAGAAGAUGACUUGCCUCAGGCGGGUGCACGAAAAUUAGGCCCUGGUGAUAUUAGUGUGCAGAAAGAAGCUGUUCCCACUCAUACAGGACCCCAUGCAGCCCUUGCGUCGAAUAAUGAUAAGGAUAUUUGGCAUCCUGAUGAAGUGGAACCAGGAUCACGCUGGGACCCUAGAUCUUCGGAUCCUCGAGCUACUCCGGAAUAUGAGAUGAAGUUCAAACAGGCAGUCACCCCGGAGGACGUCUUUCUCGGGAUGAGCUUCAAAAGCCCUGCCAGCGCUUCGUGCGAAUGGUUGACGCUGCUCGUCAAACUCCCCGGAGAGAUACGAGAAAAAGUCGAACUUUCCGUCGAAUCGGAACUUGUGGAUAUACGUAGUCCCAAAUACCGCCUACACCUGCCGACACCGCACUCGGUCGAACCCAACUCUUCUUCCGCAAAAUGGCACGAGAGCUCUUCCACCUUGGAGAUUUCCCUGAAACUUUCUCGCGAAUUGGAUGCCCUUAACUUUUAGUCCUUUCUCUUCGAUCGGAUUAAACAACGUAAGAAAAUGAAUCCUCUUGAUCACGAUCACGGGGAAAAAGUAUAGCAUUUAAGUUUCCAUUAAUAUUAAUCAGAGAUUUCCUUUUCAAUUAGUUCCCACGUACCUGUAAUUUCACGGACAGUAGUUCAGAUUCCAUAGCGUGUGGUGUAUCUUUUUUCGCCGAGUCCGUAAACUUGUUUGAAGAUCAGAAGACACGUUUAGAGUAGCCAACGGCUAGGAACAAAUUUCAACCGGCAGCUUAUGAUGGCUUCAUGGGAACGGGUUCCCGGUGAGAACGGUGACAACGGUGACACGAUUAACAAGCUUUGGGAGAAUCGACGAAUGUUGGGAAGUUCCUUACACUGGGAGUAUUUCCAGUUUACCGGGAAAUCCUCGGUGACGUGAUACUUCCUACGGCGGGGAUAUCGACGGGUCCUUUCAGCGCGACACAUUAAUCGCGUUUUGCUUCCCUCGUUUUUCCCUCGAAUUCGCCGGCUAGAACCUUCGUCGAAUCAACGUGUAUGAACCAUUUAUUCGGGCCAAGGCUCGGUCCUCGAUUUCUUUCCUAACCCGCGACCUGUUCGCGAAGAGAGCGAAAACUGCGUCGCGCCGACUUACAAAAUGUUUAUUUCCGUCAUAUAUGAAAAACCCGGGCUCGCUGUACGAGCCGAGGACAGUCGGGCUUACGAUAAACAACCUAUUUCACACGGAGUUGCACAAGGUCGCUCUUUUACGGACUUAUGCUAGGAACGUGGACGCGUAUUAUGGGACGGUGUUUUGUGGUUGAUCCCUAGACCCCGGGCUCAUUUUCCGGUCCUCUCCACUUCGAUACACCAAUCCACCUGUCUCGUGGUUACCCAUCCACUCGUCGAUCUCCCCGUCCACGUGGUAGACCCAUUUGCUUGACCAUCGCAGUCGAGGUCGAGUCACUCCUAGCCGGAGUGUCACAGCUAACCGUCCUCAAAGAUCCGUAGCUCGGAACAAGGUCUUGUCCCGCCUACGGUAAGAAGUCAUCCGCCAGUCUGGCAAUGCGCAUAUUGGUGUACACAAACGAACGAGUCUCUAUACACGCGUAACAGACAUGCGGCCGGACGAAUGGAGCCGAGCUUCACGGUCGGAUACGUGCAAACGUAAGACGGAGGCAAUGAAAGUGGCGAUUUUCCCACGCCCUGCAGGAGCGACUCGCGCUAUUACGCGACACGAGUCACGGAAUCGCGCCCCACCAAGGACGUCAUCAACUGGACACGCGUAAACGCACCUUUGCGAAAUAAAUUUGA